AUUGUAGCCUGAGCCGGCCGGGAUCCCUGUCGUGUUGUUAUUUGCGUGAAGCCGCGUUCGUGCGUCCUCAUGUUGUGGCAGCCAGCAGCGCUCAGCUGCGCUAAAUGCGGCGCGGGCUAAUCCCCUAAGACGAGCGUUGACCGCCGCUGCCGCCGCGCCGCGCCUUGCCUCAUUAGCAAAGUCAAAGUCGCACCGAGACCUCGUCUGCGUUGUCAAGCUCUCGUGAGGGACCCGCCCUCGCCUUCCUCGGUGAGUCUCGACCCAUGACGUCCAAAUGCCCUGCGGAUGUGUGCUCGUCUUGGGGUUUGGGUUUGCUGCGCUAACAAAGCUCUUGCGUGCUGCGUUGGUCAGGCAACUGGGAACCGAGGAGGGGGAGGCAUACCCUCCUCGUUGCGUCUUGCUGUUGCAUAAGAAGCUUUGCGAAGGUCAGCGCUCGCUCGCUCGCUCGCUCGUCUUUUGAAGCGGCAGCAAGCCACAAGCGCACACGUUUAAUUGACAUUUGUCUGCAUAAGCGUUUCGAAACAAGCCGAUAAUAAACGUCGUCAAUUCAAAGAGGGUUCCAAAUUAUGACUUGGCUUUGGGCCCCGGGUCAAGGUUUCAUAGCAGGGCUUGGAGCCUUCUUCUGCCUAUUGUUUCUUUGCAAUUUGCAGUCUUGUUCCCGUCAGCCGAGUAGCAUGCGACCCACGUGAGCGCCCGGUCCAGUCCGAACCCAGUCCAGUCCAGAGGCCAUGAUGAGCGCGACGACUCCCAGCGACGACCCGGACGCCGAGCACGGCGGCGAGCUGGCCGACAUGCUGGCGGCCAUGAGCGUCAAGGCGGCGCCCGACGCCCCCCGCCGAGCCCGCCUCUCCGACAGGAAGUUGUCGCUGCAGGAGCGCGGCGGGCGCGUGGUCAGGCAGCCCACCGUCGAGACCAAGAGGGUGUCCAUCACGGACGCGCAGGACUUUGUGCAGCUCAACCAGUACAAGCUGAAGAAGGAGAUUGGCAAGGGUUCGUACGGCGUCGUCAAACUGGCUUACAACCAAGACUCGGAGCGCUAUUACGCCAUGAAGGUUGUUUCGAAGAAGAGGCUCAUGAAGCAGUUUGGUUUUCUGCGUCGCGCCACGCCGGCCCAGCGCGAGGCCUUCCCCAAAGCCUCCAUGCCGCUGGAGAAGAUCUACCGGGAGAUCGCCAUCCUCAAGAAGCUGCACCACCAUAACGUGGUCAAGCUGGUGGAGGUCCUGGACGAUCCCGAAGAAGACGGCCUUCACAUGGCUUUCGAGCUGAUGACCAAAGGGCCGGUGAUGGAGGUGCCCACGGACGAGCCGCUGACGGAGGAGCGAGCUCGCUUUUACUUCCGAGACCUGGUGCUGGGCAUCGAGUAUCUGCACUACCACAAAAUCAUCCACCGGGACAUCAAACCGUCCAACCUGCUGCUGGGCGACGACGGCCACGUCAAGAUCGCCGACUUUGGCGUGAGCAACGAGUUUGAGGGGGCCGACGCCAUGCUGUCCGGCACGGCCGGCACGCCGGCCUUCAUGGCGCCCGAGACCAUGGAGGAUCACUGGUCGGAGUUCAGCGGCAAGGCGCUGGACGUGUGGGCCAUGGGGGUGACGCUCUUCUGCUUCGUCUACGGGAAGUGUCCUUUCUAUGACGAAUACGUGGUCUCCCUGUACAACAAGAUCAAGAACAAAGCUGUGGAAUUUCCAACCACGCCUCAGACAAGCGAGCAGCUCAAGCAUCUGGUUGGCAGCAUGUUGGACAAGAAGCCGCAGAGCAGAAUCACGCUCCCCGACAUCAAACUGCACCCGUGGGUGACGGAGUGCGGCGCCCGCCCGCUCCCCCGGGAGGAGGAUCACUGCACGGCGGUGGAGGUCAGCGCCGAAGAGGUUGAGAACAGCGUCACUCUGGUUUCCAGCCUCUCCACGGUGGACUCUAAAUGUUCUGGAAGUAACUGGCAAUGCUCCUUCCAGUGGCACGCUCAUUUGAUUCCAAUGAAAUGAUGAGUCAAGUGCGACUGAGCGUCCGUCCGCCACCCCGGCCGGGAAUUCCCUUUCAUCGGCCGGUGAGAAUAUUCCAUUUGUCCCGUUAUGCAUUUCAACACCCUCGUCAAUCGGAGCCCGUGAGUGCAAUCUGUCGUCGUCACGCUUGCUGAAGUGACACGGCACAUCUUAUGGUGACAUACUGCAAUAUGUGCAAUAUGACAAAAGAAUAUUCCAGAAGGCUUCUUCUUCUCCACUGCCACCUACGUGCGCCUGCAGCCAAAAAGCCGCAGCCUCCUCCUCGCUCAUGCUUGCAGAAGAGCUUUUGGAUCUGAAAAUGUUCAUUUUAAGAGAAAAGGGGGGGGGGGGGCAGGUCUUGCAGGAGCAAGCUCACGCGCCCGGCAUCGAGGAGGCACUCUUUUGGGGGUGACUUUAAACGGAACCCCAUUGGAGGUGUGGAAUGAUCAUUUUCAUUGAAUCGAUUGGUUUGA